GCGCACUCGCUCCUUCCCAUCCCGGAAGACCAUGUACCAGCGCAGCCGGGGGGCGGCCCGGCGCCUGGGCCCGUGCCUGCGCGCCUACCAGGCUCGGCCUCAGGACCAGAUUUCUCCACGGGCACUACCAUUCCCACCUCUUUGGCCCCAAGGCGCGACAACCACUUCUCCAUCUUCUUCCCUCCGGUCUCCCUCAGUUCCCUCCACUCCCACCCUGCUUUUUCCCCGAGUUCCCCCUCAGCCUCUUCCCCAGGUCCAAGCUCUCAACUCACCAUGGGUGGUUCUCCCGCCAGGAAAGAGGGAGGAGGGCCCAGGGCCUGAGCUGCAUAGUGGCUGCCUUGAUGGGCUUAGGAGCCUAUUUGAGGGACCUCCCUGUCCCUCUCCUGGGGCUCUGAUACCAUUCCGAGCCCCUGGGUUCACCUGCCCUUCCCCUGCCACUCCAUCGGGAGAUCCAAGUAUGGAGGAGCACCUGGCUGUCAUGUAUGAGAGACUAAGACAAGAGCUUCCCAAUCUCUUCAUUCACUCGCAUGACUACACACUCUACUCUACAGAUGUGGAAUUCAUCAAUGAAAUACUGAACAUGCGUACCAAGGGCCGGACAUGGUACAUUUUGUCACUGACGCUAUGCCGCUUCCUAGCCUGGAACUAUUUUGCACAGCUUCGGUUGGAGAUUCUACAACUGACCCGCCACCCUGAAAAUUGGACUCUACAAGCCCGCUGGCGGCUUGUGGGGCUGCCCAUUCAUAUGCUCUUUCUGCGUUUCUACAAGCGUGACAAGGAAGACCUUUACAGGUCCUAUGAUGCCUAUUCCACUUUCUACCUGAAUUCCGACGGCCUCAUUUGUCGCCACCACCUAGACAAACUGAUGCCUUCACACUCACCCCCAAUGCCUGUGAAGAAACUGCUAGUGGGAGCCCUGGUAACGCUGGGGCUGUCAGAACCAGAAUCCAACUUAAAUUUGUGUCGUGAGGCCUGACCCAGCAACUGGGGUGGAGACAGCACUUAAGACUCUACUACGCACAUGGGGAGGAGGAGGUAGAGUUGCCAAGAAUCUCAGGAGCCGAUUUCUUCCCUUCUCUCUUCUUUGUUUAUUCUUCCAUCUCAUGCAGCUGCUGUGUAAUUUAACUUGUAAAUAAUAAAGUUUAAAUGAAUAUGUAA